AGCCGGUCCUUCCAGUCUCGUGCCUGUCCCGUCCAGAGGAGCCCGCAGAGUCCGCAGCCCCGGGACCCCCGGCCCAUCAUGGACCACCACUGGACGCUCCUCUGGACCCUCCCCUGGACCCUCCUCCUCCUCCUCCUCCCGCCCUGCCCCGGCAGGACUCCCCGGGCUGCAGAUGCCCAAGGUUCCUGUGCCUCUCGCUGCGGGAACCUCGUGGGAAACUGCUCCUGCCAUACCACCUGCUCGGGCCUGGGCACCUGCUGCGCUGACUUCCAGGAAUUCUGCCUGCAAAUCUCGCCUUACUCGGGCUCGGUGAUGGGUGGCAAGGACUUCCAGGUCCUCCAUGUGGCCGCCAACAGCUCGGCAGAAAUCCGGUGCAGGUUCAACCACGGGGAGGUGGAAACCCGGGGCUCCGUGGACAACGGCGGGAACAUUCACUGCAUCUCCCCACUGCUGUACGAGAGUGGCCGUAUCCCAUUCGAUUUGUCGGUGGAUGGGGGACAGACGUUCCCACGCUCGGGGACCUGGCUGGCAGUUCACCCCAGCAAGGUGGCAGCGGAAGAAAAGAGUGAGCUGGUGAACGAGACCAAGUGGCAGUACUAUGGCACUCCCGGGACGGGAGGCAAACUGACCCUGAAUUGGGCACCUCAGGUCCUCCAAGCCCCCAAGGUCAAUAUUGAGCUCUGGGGCUACCAGGAGACAGGGGCACCGUACUCCGAGGCCUGGGAGGCCCACUGGACCUACCUGUACGACGUGGCCCGGGAGCUACCCAACAGCGGCUCCUUCACCUUCACCCCGGUACCCGCCGCCACGCAGUACCAGAGUUGGGAGGUGGGAGCCCUGCGACUCUCAGCCAAUGGACACUCUGCAGGACAGAAGGACAUCCACGCUGUGUGGAGCAAUGAGCACGCACUGGCCUGGCACCUGGGGGAAGGCUUCCGGAGGGACUCCGCCGCCUGGGCCACUGACAAGUGCCUGGCAUGGGACAAGGAAGAGGACCAGCUGCCCGACUUCCUGAAGGAAAUCCCCGACUGCCCCUGCACCCUGGCUCAGGCCCGGGCCGACACCGGCCGCUUCCACACGGACUAUGGCUGUGACAUCGAGAAGGGCAGCGUGUGCACCUACCAUCCCGGGGCCGUGCACUGUGUGAGGGCUGUGCAAGCCAGCACCCGCUACGCCGCCGGCCAGCAGUGCUGCUACGACGCCUCGGGGACGCAGGUGCUGACGGGGGACUCGAUCGGAGGAAGCACCCCCGACCGUGGCCACGACUGGGGCUCCCCACCUUUCCGGAAGCCCCCGCGGGUCCCCGGCCUGUCCCACUGGCUCUACGACGUCAUCAGCUUCUACUACUGCUGCCUGUGGUCUCCCAACUGCGGCUAUUACUUCAAGCACCGGCCUUCCAGCGACUGCCGGACCUACCGCCCCCCCCGAGCCGCCUCGGGCUUUGGAGACCCGCACUUCCUGACCUUUGACGGGGCCAACUUCACUUUUAACGGACUGGGGGAGUACGUGCUGCUGGAGUCCAACCUGACCGGCCUAAGCGUGCAGGGCAGGACCUGGCCAGCCCAGAUGCCUAAUGGAUCCGAGGCGCAAGCAACAGGCCUCUCGUCGGUGGCCAUGCAGGAGGGCAGCUCUGACGUGAUUGAGGUCCGCCGUCUGGAGGGGACGGCGGGGCUGGAAGUGCUGCUGAACCAGGAGGUGCUGGACUUGUCGGAGCAGAGCUGGUUGGACCUGAAAGGUCUCUUCCUGUCGUCGUCGGCGGUCGGCAAGAGCAUCAGGAACGUGUCGAUGAUGUUCUCCUCGGGAGCCGGGGUGGAGGUGCGGGGGCCGGGAAGCCCCUGGGGGCUCAACGUAGCUGUGCUGCUGCCGGAGAGCUUCUGGGAUCACACCCGGGGGCUCUUCGGGAGGCUCAACGGGGCCCCGGGGGACGACGUCGCCUUCCGCAACGGAACAGCCCUGCCCUCUGACGCCGACCCUUGGCAUCUGCUGGGCUUUGGUGCCGACUGGGCUGUCCGCAACGAGACCUCCCUCUUUACAUAUGACUCCCGGCGCCUGGUGGACACUUUCCUCCUGGGCCCGAAGCACAACUCGUCCUUUCUGCCGGUGCUCGUCCCCCGCCCCGACCCCAAUGACCCCCUGACCACCGAGGCGGCGGCCCUCUGCAGGGAAGAUCCUUUCUGCACCUUCGACGCCCUGGCCACCCGCAGCCUCACCCUGGCCAAUGCCACCAGGACGGCCCAUCUGUGGCACCGGCAGCUGGUGGACAGCCUGCGGCCAGUGGUCUCCUGUGGCCGGCCCCUGCCACCAAGCAAUGGAGACAAGUCUGGGACCAACUACCUGGCCGGCUCCACUGUGCGCUUUAGCUGCCACCAGGGUUAUGUCCUGGCGGGGUCCGGGGAGCGGACCUGCCAACCCGACGGGACCUGGUCAGGGACCCCGGCCCAGUGUGGGGCAGGCCAGAACCAGGCCGUGCUGCUGGGGGUCAUCUUUGGUCUUCUGGGUGCUGGGGCUGUGGUUGCCCUGAGCUUCCUGUUGUUUAAGAAAAGAUGCAGGCCUGGAGCACUUGGAGGCAUCCUCUGGGGUGCCCCUGGCAACCUGUCCUCAGCCUGAGCCCCCGAGCAGGCCUCCGUUCCCUCACCCACUUACGGCUUGAAGCAGUGCAGCCUAGUGGAAAAAACCUGGGCCUGGAAGU